UCACUAUACAACCUCCUCUACUGCACUCACGCGCAGAAAAAAAGAUAACGCGAUCUAUCGAUCUUUUUUCAAAUCAAAAAAAUAAGUCCGUUUGUUAGGCUUACUAGCUAUAGUUUGAUACACUUGACGUCUACAAUCGAACGUGUUGACCGGACAUUUUUGAUCACAAUUUAUGGCUACGUUAUUAAUUGGACAUGUUUUAAUUAUGUAAAUAAGGAUGGGUGAUAAUCAAUUUAAAUUAUGUGUUUCGAUCUCGUUCGUUUAAUUUAAUGUAAACAGAUAUUUAUCAUUCAUUUGUGACGUUUUCACGGUGUUGAUUCGAGCUUUAUGUUAUGGUUUUUAUUGAAAGUUAGUAGGUUGUGUGCGCCGGGAAAGCCAGAUAUUCUGGUUCACUGGAAUUCGCAUCAGUUUUGUGAAUAUUUUGUGGUAAAUGGAACUGUAGUACUGAUUUACAUACCAUUAUGGAACGACACCAAAAUGGUAUGGAUGUGUGGGUAGAUUUCCAUUCUUUGCCAGGGCAAGGUCGAGUCAACCAACUAGGGGGGUUGUUCAUCAACGGUCGACCGUUACCGAACCACAUUCGGCUGAAGAUCGUGGAGAUGGCAGCGGCGGGAGUGCGGCCCUGCGUCAUCUCGCGCCAGCUCCGCGUCUCCCACGGUUGCGUCUCCAAGAUCCUCAACAGAUACCAGGAGACUGGGUCCAUUAGACCAGGUGUGAUUGGUGGCUCCAAGCCUAGGGUAGCCACUCCGGAGGUGGAAGCAAGGAUAGAAGAACUGAAGAGGCAAAAUCCUGGCAUAUUUUCUUGGGAGAUUCGAGAGAAGCUUUUAAAGGAGGGCGUGGCUGAUCCUCCCAGUAUUUCGUCGAUCUCCAGACUCCUCCGGGGAGGUGCGAGGGACCCGGACGGCAAGAAGGACUAUAGUAUAGACGGCAUUCUAGGUGGUCGUGGAUCAGAUUCCUCAGACAUCGAGUCGGAGCCAGGCCUCACAUUGAAGAGGAAGCAGCGUCGUUCCCGCACCACCUUCACGGGCGAGCAACUGGAUGCCUUGGAGAGGGCUUUUCACCGCACUCAGUAUCCUGACGUGUACACCAGGGAAGAACUAGCUUUGCAGACCGGCCUCACGGAAGCCAGAAUACAGGUGUGGUUCUCUAAUCGUCGCGCACGCCUCCGAAAACACACAGGAUCAAACUCUACUCCUAGUCUCGCUGGCUAUUCUACUUUACCAAUGCCGCAGAUACCAUGUCCUUACCCUGCAGGAGAAAUACCAUCUCUUACUCAACACCACCCGCAGCAUCCCGAACCUUGGCAUCACCAAAAAUACGCAAAUUAUAACCAAUUAAUGGCUCAAUCACAACAUCUAAAUCAAGCCUUCCAAAGUGCCGCUUUUCCUAGUACAUCAGGAUCAACAUUUAGCCAUCUGGUUAGCGGCAGCAAUGGAUCUACACAUAGUCAAUUAUUAGACGCUGCCGUCCCAAGAAAUGACUACGCAAGAUAUCCUGCCAACGAUAUAUAUAACAAGCCUAUUAACUACUUGCCAAAAGAAGCUGAUGAUGAUGAAAAAGUACCUAAUGAAGAAGUAAUAGGUCCUAGAGAAGAUGCAUUUGUGAAGACAGGAGAAGAUUUCAAUAAGCCGUUACCAAAUAAUGACUAUCCUAAAGUUCCUACAGAUUACUCUAAAGUAUCAGUAGACCCUACUCCAUCUGCCAAUUGGAGUCCUUCACACAACUCUUUAAAUAUGAGCUUAGCUGGCAUAUCCAGUGAAUAUAAAUAUAUGAAUGAUCCGUAUUCAUUUCCUAAUAUUCCUGACCCCCUCAGUCAGCAUAAUUAUCCAGCUCCACCAAAUGCGGCUAAUAAAUAUUGGAUAUGACAGUUUGCAAACAACAAAUACAAAAUCAAAAUAUAUUGUUGGGGUGUAAAGAAAUUACUUUUAAUUUUACUGUAUUUCAAUUGUUAACACACUAAACUAGCAAAAAAUAAAUAGUAUUGUAAUAUACUGAUCUCUUGAUGAGAAUGAAUUUUAAAAUAGGGGAUGAACGCUAUGUAAAUUAUAAGUUAAAUCAUUUAAAUGUGUCCUAAGAUAGAUGUAAAUAUACUUUAAUUUUGAUAAAGUAGAAAAAUGACCUCUAUUUUGCAUUCCAAUUAAGAUAAAUAACUAUAUUUAAACCAAAUUAUUGUACAUAUUUAGAUAUUUAAUGAGUCAUUAGUAAAUAGAAAGACUAAUAUUUAAAAUGUGUUUUCUUUUUAUUAUUCUGUGAUCUUAAUCCAUCGAAUUGAUUUCACUUGACUAUUUACAUGAAUUAAUGAAUGAGUUAUUUGAAUGAGACAUUUCAUUCAAAUCAUUUUUAAGUCGCGACAUUAUCAAGGUUAAUAAAGAAACGCUAUCUAGAAAUCA